GGAUAUUUUAAAGCUACAAAAUAUAGGUCACACGAUCGCUUGCGUCAUUGUAUCCUUAAAACAUAAAGACGUCAAUUAAUGACACAGUCAAACAAAAAUUAUACGAAAUUAGGUGAAUUACUGCAUUCAAAAUUGGAGAAGGUGAAUUCCGACUUGUUAAGUUUAACCUACGGGGCAUUUGUAACCCAACUUUUAAAAGACUAUGGUCUUGUUGAAGAUGUUAAUAAAAAACUGGACAAAAUAGGUGAAUCAAUGGGUUCGCGUCUUAUUGAAGAAUUCUUAGCUUUUUCGGGUAUUGGAAAAUGUCAUAAUUUUAAAGAAACUAUGGAAGUUUUAGCCAAAGUUGGUUUUAAAACGUUUUUAGGCAUCACGGCAGAUGUCAAUCAAUGGGAUUCUUUAAAUACUACGUGUACUCUUGCAUUUUCUGAUAAUCCGUUUAAUGAUUUUGUAGAUUUACCUUCUUCUAUGAAAGAACUGAAUUAUUCAAAUUUAUUAUGCGGAUGUAUUCGGGGCGCACUAGAGCAAAUCCAUAUUAUCGUUACAUGUGAGUUUGUAAAAGAUAUGCUGAAAGGCGACUCCGUAAAUGAAAUUCGAAUUAAUUUGAAAUCGAUACGUAAGGAAGAGUUUAAUGAAACACCAGACUCCGAACAACCUAAAAAAGACUCAAAUAGAAAUUAAGGGCUUUAUCGUUUAGUACUUCGUCGAGUAACAAUAAAAUAUUUUAUUGCGGUGUCAACGUUUACCAAAAAAAUUUACGCUGACUCAUAAUAAUUUUCGCUUUUUUUUAAGAAACAAAAACACUAAAUUUAUUUAUUUAAUAAAA